AUGGAUUGCACCCCACCAUCACGCCAGAUACGCGCCGUGUACGAUGACAAAACCAUUACCGUCUACCAAGCGUACUCGUCUGUUAUCGCCGAUGCUGCCGUCGCAACGCAGCAUCUUGCCACAUCGUCGGCUUUCAAACCGAGACGCAUGACGUGGAUCAAACCUAGCUGGUGCUGGAUGAUGUACCGCAGCGGCUACUCGUUUAAAGACGCAGGGCAGAGACGUGUGCUUGCGUUACGCGUCACGCACGAAGGGUUCAUCGAACUACUCAGGAGGGCGGUGUUGACGCAUGGCGGGGGAGGAGAGAAAGUAGAGAGAGUAGAGGAGGUCGCCGGUGACGUGAAAGUGCAGUGGGAUCCGGAGCGAUCGCCGCGCCUGGAGAGGCUUGGUUGGAGGAGCAUACAGGUAGGAAUUUCCGGAGAUCUGGUCGUGGAGUGGGCAAACGAGUGGAUUGUCGAUAUCGAGGAUGUGACGGCAAAGGCGGUGAGGCUGAAGGAGGUCUUGGACCAGGAGCCUGGUGUGGGGGACGAGGAGCUGAGAAGGCGGGGGUUGAUUCCGGAAGAGAAGCCGUACGAAUUGCCAGCUGAUGUGGCGGCGGUGCUUGGGAUGGUUGACAAUGGUGCCUAA